AUGAGCUUCCCCGACGUAUUGCAGGUGCUGAACAGCCUCCAGAGCCAGUCUUCUCGCUUCGCCUCGGCCCAGAACUCCCUCUAUUUCCACCUUCUGGACCGAGGCAUCAAUACGUCACGGCCGAUGCCAGACAAGGACGGCCGAUUCCUUUGCCCCAUCCGAUGCGACGGCACGCAAUGGAGCCUCGUGGAUGAAAAUGAAGACGGUAAUGGUCAAAGUGAAGGGAAGCAGUACAUGGUCCGCCUGUUCACUUACGUGCCAGGGACGAUCUUCUACGACGUCCCAAACACCCCCGCCAUGUUUUACGAGGCCGGGGAGUUCCUGGCCAGCCUCCAGAUCGCCAUGGAGGACUUCAGCAACCCUGUCUUCCAGAUCCGGCGGAGUCUCUGGUCUCUGGAGUGCCUGGACGUCAUCGAGCGGUAUAUGUUCGUUCUGAAAGAGGACUGGCAGGUGGAGACCGUCCGGGACGUCUUAAACGCCUUCGAGAAGGGCAAACCGGAGAUGAUGCAACUUGAGCAAGGGAUGAUCCAUGGAGACUUCAACGACCAGAACAUCCUCCUGAGGAAGGGGGAGGAUGGGGAGUACCACGUGGACGCCAUCCUGGACUUGGGGGAUGCCCAGCACUCCGUCUACCUCUUUGAUCUGGCCGUGGCCAUCACCUACAUUAUGAUCGAGUGCAAGUGCAUGGACCCGCUGGAGACAGGGGGCCAUGUUCUGGCGGGUUAUGCGAGGAAGAAGAUGAUGAUCCCCCAGGAACAGUGGAGGUUGCUCCGUCUUUGCAUUGCAGCUGAACAUGGCUGGGAAAUCCUCAGGCGGUUUUGGAAUGAAUCCUCCAGUGAUCAACUUGAACAGAUCUGGAAAAAGGUCCUCAAAUCAUAUGAGGAACACCAGAUUCUCUCUGGUUCCAGUUGA